AUGGCGACCACUGAAGAAGCUUUUGACGUUGUUAGCAAGACAUUUCGAAUUUCUGCCUUAAAUGGGCCGCAAAAAAACGGAAUUACGAAAAUAGUGGAAGAAGGAAGGGAUGUUUUUAUUAAUCUUCCUACUGGUUUUGGGAAAUCUCUUCUCUAUCAAGCAUUACCACUCGUGUUUGAUCUCACUUCAAAACAGCCUGGUCAUAUUGUGGUAGUUGUUUCACCAUUAAUAAGCCUUAUGGUAUACCUGCCAACUUUUCCUGAGAUAUAAGCGUGAGAUUUUUAUCCUUUGAGUGCUGGGAUUUUUGAAGACGACACGAUCAUUUCCGAAGAUUCCGGAAGAAGUCCAAAGUCUGUCGAAGGCGAAGUUUUCACUUGCUUUUCACUUCAAGAAUUAGAGAUCGCGAGGAAGGUAUUGUCAUUUAUUCAUUUUACACAUGGUUUUCGUUCCUUACAUGGAUCUGAGUUAACAUAUUUUUGAAAAUUGUGUCAAGCAAGACGGCAACAACUCACAUUUUUCAAUCAGGCGUGAGAAAUUGGCCCGCAAUCGUGAGCCGGCGUGAGAUCGAAGUUUUCAACCCGCAGGCGUGAGAGUUGGCAGGUAUAUUAUGGACGACCAAGUGUCUUAUUUGAGGGACCUAGGGCUUAAAGAAUGCAACAUAACUUCACUUGAGGACGGUGAACGCACUCCUGUUGUAAACCGUGAAUAUUCCUUAGUUUACGGAUCACCCGAAGCAUGGCUGAAAAACGAACACUGGAGAUUAAUGCUGACGAACUCUGUUUAUUCCAAAAAACUAUGUGCGAUAGCAGUCGAUGAGGCGCAUGUUGUAAGGCAGUGGUAAGUCUUUAUAUAAAUAAGCGUCUAUAUCAGUGCAACAAGUUAUCCUAUGCAAUAGAUUUAUGCCGUGUAUUUUCUUUUUAAUGUGUAGGGGAACAUCUCAAGAUAAUAAAAUGGCUGCAUUCCCGAGUGUUACUCAAAGCUAUACGAACUAAGGUCUCUCGCACCUAAUGUGCCUAUGGUAGCCUUGACUGCAACUGCAACCAAACUGACUAGAGACACAAUUUUAAGUCUUCUGAACUUGGAAAAUGUAGUGGAAAUUAAAGAAAGUCCCAAUAAAUUAAAUGUUGCCUAUGUUGUACAAUAUAUGGAUAAGGACACGGAACUUGAAUUUUAUUUCAGCUGGCUCACUGAUGAACUGAAACACAGUCAGGAGAAAACAGACAGAACAAUCAUUUACUGCCAGACU